GCUGCCACGAUGCGUCUCGGUUCAUCCCAUACAACACCACAUUUGGCUCUCAGAUUGCAUCUCCUAACCAACAGUACCACUCAACAUGUCUUUCAAUAUUUCGCAGGCUCGUACUCGCUUCCCCGCCUUGAACCAGGAGCAGAUUUUCCUGGACAAUGCAGGAGGCAGCCAGGUAUUGGACACAGUGAUUGAAUCUGUGGUAUCAUAUCUCUCAAAGACCAACGUUCAACUGGGCGCAACCUAUAAUACUUCCAAACUGUCAACUGCAGCUUACGAUCACGGAUACGAAGCAGCGGCGAACUUUAUUAACGCGAAGCCCGAGGAGAUCUGUCUGGGUGUCUCAACAACGCAGCUCCUGCACAACCUCUCCACGGCUCUGGACUUCCAGCCAGGAGACGAGCUGAUUGUAUCAAAGCUGAACCAUGAGGCCAAUUCUGCCCCGUGGGAUAGGAUUGCACGUCGUUUGGGGCUCACUGUCAAGUGGUGGGGAGCUACAGACCCCCUCAAUCCCGUUUGCGAUCCUAGUGAGUUGAAGCAGCUGAUGUCGGAGAAGACCAGGCUUGUCGCCUGUCCGCAUGCUUCCAACAUCACAGGAACCAUCACAGAUGUAAAGGAAAUUGCCAAGGUCGUGCAUCAGGCUCCUAGGGCACUUCUUUGCGUUGACGGGGUUGCGCUUGCUCCCCACCGCCAGGUCGACGUUAAGGACCUCGAUGUCGACUUCUACGCAUUUUCGUGGUACAAAGUAUACGGUCCUCACAUAGCUCAGCUGUAUGCCGCGUCGCGUAUCCACGACCAGAUAAAUCCUUUGUGUCACUACUUCAAAUCCACAGAAACCCUCGACCUAAAGCUGAACCUGGCUUCCGCCAACUAUGAGCUGACACAAAGCAUUCCACGUGUCCUGGAAUACUUCGGGUCGGAUUUCUCCGCCACAUGGGACGAAAUUGCCACGUACGAAGAGAAGCUGCAGAAGAUUCUCCUGGACUUUCUGAGAAGCAAUGACCGUGUAACCAUCCAUGGCGAGCCUUCGGAGAACAAAGAUCUGCGAGUUCCGGUGAUUAGCUUCACCGUAAAGGGCAUCAAGAGCCAAGCGCUAGUUGAAGAAGUGGAGAAAAGAAGCCCUUUCGGCUUUCGCAGCGGACAUAUGUACAGUCAUCGCUUGCUCAAGGACAUCAUAGGCUUGGACGACGUUGAGGAUGGAGUUGUGCGGAUCAGCAUGCUACAUUACAAUACUGAGCAAGAAAUCACCUCACUUGUUGAGCUGCUGCGGGAGGUCAUUACAGCGAUCUAGAAUUAUUUGGUGGAUCCUUGAUAACAGAAGGGGCCAUUCUGACAGUCCAUUAAGAUGGAUUUCCUCCCCACAUCAUUUCCGUGUAUAAAUUUAGCAGGCAAUAGGCAACAGGCAUGCAGAACAAUGGAAUUGCUGCCUUGUAAAUUUCAAGUCCUAUUACGAGAUGCUCAUCAAUCUCUUGGCUCUCGCAAGCAGGCACGGUACUUCACAUUGAAUCACUAACCUUUUAUGCU